AUGAGCGGCCUUCGAUUCCUUGAUCUGAUCAAGCCCUUCACUCCGCUUCUGCCGGAGGUGUCGGCGCCGGAGACCAAAACUCCCUUCAACCAGCGGUUGAUGUGGACAGGGUUGACUCUCCUCAUCUUCUUGGUGAUGAGCCAGAUGCCCCUUUACGGCAUUGUCUCGUCCGAUGCCUCCGAUCCGUUGUACUGGCUGCGUAUGAUGCUUGCCAGUAACCGUGGUACGCUGAUGGAAUUGGGUAUCAGUCCCAUCAUCUCUUCCGGCAUGGUUUUCCAGCUUCUUGCUGGUACCCACUUGAUUGAUGUCAACCUCGACCUCAAGUCCGACAGGGAGCUCUAUCAGACCGCCCAGAAGCUCUUCGCUAUCAUUCUCUCCUUUGGUCAAGCCUGCGUCUACGUUUUGACUGGUCUCUACGGCCAGCCUUCCGACCUCGGUGCUGGUGUCUGUGUUCUCUUGGUUGUCCAGCUCGUCGUUUCCGGUUUGAUUGUCAUCCUCCUCGAUGAGCUCCUCCAGAAGGGCUACGGUCUGGGCAGUGGUAUCUCGCUCUUCAUUGCGACCAACAUUUGCGAGUCUAUUAUCUGGAAGGCCUUCUCCCCCACCACCAUCAACACUGGCCGUGGUCCCGAGUUUGAGGGUGCCGUCAUUGCUCUCUUCCACCUUCUCUUGACCUGGGGUGACAAGCAGCGCGCUCUACGUGAGGCCUUUUACCGCCAGAACCUCCCCAACAUCAUGAACCUGCUCGCCACCGUUGUCGUCUUCGCCUCGGUCAUUUACCUCCAGGGCUUCCGUGUCGAGAUCCCCGUCAAGUCCUCGCGUCAGCGUGGCAUGCGUGGCUCUUACCCCAUUCGUCUUUUCUACACCUCCAACAUGCCCAUUAUGCUCCAGUCGGCCCUGUCCUCCAACAUUUUCUUGGUCAGCCAGAUGCUCUACUCUCGCUUCUCCGACAACCUGCUCGUCCGUCUGCUUGGUGUCUGGGAGCCCCGUGAGGGAUCUGCUCAGCUCCACGCCGCCUCUGGUAUUGCCUACUACAUGUCUCCCCCGCUCAACUUUAGCGAGGCGCUUUUGGACCCGAUUCACACCGCCGUCUACAUUGCCUUUAUGCUCGUUGCCUGCGCCGUCUUCUCCAAGACCUGGAUCGAGGUGUCUGGCUCUAGCCCCCGCGAUGUUGCUAAGCAGCUCAAGGAGCAGGGUCUCGUCAUGGCCGGUCACCGUGAGCAGAGCAUGUACAAGGAGCUGAAGCGUGUUAUUCCCACUGCCGCCGCCUUUGGUGGUGCCUGCAUUGGUGCUCUGUCCGUUGCCAGCGAUCUCAUGGGCGCUCUUGGCUCCGGUACCGGUAUCCUUCUUGCCGUCACCAUCAUCUACGGCUACUUUGAAAUUGCCGCCAAGGAGGGCGACAUGGCCGGCCUCAAGGGUAUGGUCAUGGGAUAG